UGUGGACUGGACAUGGUGAGGAAACGGGAUGCUGCUGCGUAAAAACGCAGAAGUAACGCGUGUCCGUGCGUAAAGACAGAGAUGCUUGGUGGCCACGUCCCCUUGGAGACUGGAGAGACAACACGUGAUGAGCUUUACUUAUCAGGUUUAGAGGGAGAGAGACACCGAGACACGCCGAGAGAGAGAGAGCCGGAGGGGGGACGGAGCUGCUGGGAGUCCCGGCGCGCAAAAGACGCAAAAAAUACAUCCUGAAAUUAACGCAGUUUUUCCUCUCGACGGCUGCUUUCCUCGAGUUUUUUUUUUUUUUUUUUUUUUUUAAUUCUCCGGGAGAGGAGAGCGAAGGAAGAAGGGAGGAAGAGCCGCAGAGAGGAGGAGGAGGGAGGGAGGAGAGAGGAGGGAGGAGGAGGGGAGGAGAAGCCGGAGUAAAGUUUGUCCAAGUUUGCACAUCCCUUCGGAAACGCCAUUUUGAUUCCUCUCCUCUUCGGAGCGAGUUUGCAGCUUCUCUCUCCCCCUUUUUCUUUUUUUUUUUUUUUUCCUUUUAUCAUCCACCAUCAUCCUCUUCAUCUUCAUCAUCACCAUCGCCCCCACCACCACCACCACCAUCAUCAUCAUCAUCAUCAUCCUCGCCACGAUGUCUCGGCGCAAGCAGCCCAACCCCAACAAAGUGAAGCUGUGAGCAGUGGUUGCAGACACACACACAACAAACCCCGCCCCCUCCCAUCCGCCCCGAGACUCGAGCCGAUCGAUCGAUCGUUGCUUUCCGAUCAGGACGCAGUCAUGGAAAACUCCACAGAGGAGCUGCAAGAAGGGGGAGGAGCCAACGCUGCGAUAAAAGACGAGGAGGCGGAGCUGACGGAGGAGAAAACGCACAAUAACCUCAAAGGAGCGAUCAACGGAGUGAUGGAGGCGGCGAACGGAGGAGAGAAGCUACAGAACGGAGACCGGGGAGGCGGCGGCGGCGGCGGAGGAGGAGGUGGAGGCAUCAUGGGAGCCGAAGGAGGAGGAGGAGACCUGUCCUCCAUCAACGCCAUGAUGUCAGCGGUGAUGUCAGCAGCAGGGACCAUCAACGGCGGAGGGGAUGCAGAAGGAGGCAGCGGAGUCACUUCGGCCAACUCCUCCGCCGGGCCCUCGCCGAGCCCUUCACCCAGCAAGUCGCUCACGGCGGCCAUGCGAGCCCCACCGAGCCGCAACGCCCGCCGCAACCAGGACACCAAAGACGACAGCUCGACUCACAUCUGUCCGCUGUGUGACAAGAGCUGUCAAACGCAACACCAGCUGACCAUGCACAUCAGACAGCACAAUGCCGACACCGGAGCCACCGACCACUCCUGCAGCAUCUGCGGGAAGUGCCUGAGCUCGGCCUCGUCGCUCGACCGACACAUGCUGGUGCACAGCGGAGAGAGGCCCUACAAGUGCAGCAUCUGUGGCCAGACCUUCACCACCAACGGCAACAUGCACAGACACAUGAAGAUUCACGAGAAGGACCCGGCGAGCGGCCUGCUGCCCGUCAGCCCGCCGUCACCGACCAAACGCCGUCGCCCGUCGGUGAAGAGGAGGCCGGGCCCCGAGGAGGAGUCGGGCGAGGAGCCGCCCAGCAAGAAGGUGGUGGAGGACGCGGCGGGCGAGGAGGCGGCGGCAGUCCGCGGGUCGGAGGAGGAGCUGCUGCCGUGUCCAAUCUGCUUCAAGACCUGCAGCUCCAGACUGGAUCUGGACGCUCACAUGGACGCCCACCCCGACACGGCGCUCAGGUGUGACCUCUGCUGCCUUUCUUUCCGAACCCACCGCGGUUUGUUGCGUCACAACGCCGGCGUUCAUAAGCUCCUCCCCCAGGACCCGAGCGGGCGCCCCUUCAUCCAGAACAACCCCUCCAUCCCCACUGGCUUCAACGACCUGGCCUUCAUCGACUUCUCCUGCAAGAAGUUCGCUCACAUCGCGCAGGUUUGGUGUGAGACCAACCUCCGCCGCUGCAUCAGUAAGUUCCACCGGUUCGUGUGCGACUGCUGCGACAAGGCCUUCCCGCUGCGCUCGGCCCUGGAGCUCCACAAAACCACCUCGCAUCCCGACAGACCCGCCGCCGCCGAGGAGACGGCCGAGGAGGUCGACGGAGACGCCGCUGCAGUAAACGGCGUGGAAGGUGUCGAGAAGGACGUCCUGCCCUCAGAGCAGGAGAACUUCCUGGAGGUCCUGGGCCUCCAGCACUUCUCCAAGGUGACGUCUGGUCCCACAGACGAUGAGAUCCAUCAGGCCCACCUGGACAGCAUCAAGGUGAUCCACGUGGAGCCUCCGUCCUCCAGCCUGCCCCAGGAGCCGGCCGCGGCCUACCUGUCCGGAGGUCUGGGCCUGGCGUUGGGUCUGGGCGGCCUGGCGGCGCUCAGCAUCCCUCUGCUGGAGGCGUCCGGCUCGGCGCUGCAGGGCCUCAGCCAGAGAGACGCCCUCAGCCUGCUGUCGCUGCAGCCCUUCCAGACCGGCUUCCUCCUGCAGCCUGACGGGAGCGCCGCCGCCGCCAGCGCCGCCUCGUCGGGCGUCAAACCCGGAGAGGCGGGCGGGGCCGGGGUCAUGGAGCUGGCCGACAUCCAGCAGAUCCUCAAGGUGGCGACAGCGGCGCCGAAUCAGAUGGGACUUCCUCCUCUGGCCAAAGCUCCGGGAUUCACUGGAGGUCAAGGUCAAGUUCAGGGUCAGAAGGCGAUGCCUCCACUGAAGCCCAAGCCUCCCAUCAGCCCUCGCUCCAGCCUCACGGCGACGACCCCCCCGCCCCUACAGAGCUCCCAGCAGGCCUCACUGGGCUGCAUCAGCCCCAGCCUGCCGCCUCCCACCCCCACGCUCUUCAAAACGCCCUCCUCUUCCUCCUCGUCCUCUUCAUCCGCCGGGAACGGAGGGCAGAUGGACGCAGAGUGCAUGGGUGACGCCCACACGCCGCUGUCUGAUUCGCCGCCCGCCGCUACCACUGCUGUUCACGAGGAGGCGGGGCUUAGCGGAAGGAAACCAGGAACCAAAGCGGGGAACAACGCCGGCUCGGCUAAAGGCUCGUUCCCGUGCCGCUUCUGCGACCAGGUGUUCGCCUUCUCCGGCGUCCUGCAGGCUCACAUGCGCUUCCACCUCGGCAUCCUCCCCCACCAGUGCAACAUCUGCGACUACGUGGCUCCGGACAAAGCGACGCUGAUUCGACACCUGCGGACGCACAGCGGCGAGCGGCCGUACGUCUGCCGCGUCUGCCAUUACCCUUUCACCGUCAAGGCCAACUGCGAGCGCCACCUCAGGAAGAAGCACGCCAAGACCUCGAGGAAGGACAUCGAGAAGAACAUCAAGUACGUCACCUCCACCACCACUGCGAACAUCGCGGCGGCCAUCACUGCCGCGACCACUCCCACCACCCAGGACACGGAGACGGGCUACACUGGAGCUGAGACCACCUGCCGGUUCUGCGGCGAGGACCUGAAGACCUACCGGGCGCUGCAGAUCCACCUGCGGACGCACAACGGCUGCCAGAAGAAGCCGUUUGAGUGCCGGCGCUGCGGUGCCGCCUUCCUGGCCAAACGCAACUGCAUCCACCACCUGCUGAAGCAGCACCCCGAGGUGCAGGAGAGGGAGAUCGAGGAGCACAUCGCCACACUCCAGCCCGCCGCAACCGUCGCCGCCACCCGAGCUACUCCGGUAAAUCCAAUGGCGCUGAACGGCAUCAGCCAGACUCCAGUCCCAGCGCUCCAAGCCGUGAAGGUGGAGGAACUGGCUAACGUGGUGUUUCCUGCAGAACUGGACCAGCCGCUGGACUUCUCGGCUAAAGGCCGCGGAGCCGGCAGCCUCGCAGGAUCUCCUGGGGUCAAACUGGAGAGCGUCUCGCCGAGCUUUGACUGCUCGGAUCAGCCCAUCGACCUGUCGAUCCCCAACAAGAGGCAGCGCAGGGAGCCGGCGGCCGAGAGGAGGGAGAUCAAGACGGAGCAGGGCGGCGGCAGCAUCAUCGAGCAGCAGAACGCUCCGUCUAAGGACGAGAAGACGGCCAGCGUCCUGCCUCCCCUCCAUCCUCACCCCCAGCUCGGCUGCUACCAGCUGCCCCCUGGAUCCACGCCUCCCCCCGCCUCCAUCCCCAACGCUGCUCGAGCUCAGCGCCUCAAACCGCUGCUGCCCAAACCCGCCUCGUCCUCGUCGCCCUCCGCCGCCCUCAAAGAGCUGCCUCCUCUGGCCUCCAUCGCUCAGAUCAUCCACUCCGUCUCCGGAGCUCCAGACCUGCUGAAGCGAGAGGCCGCCUCGCUGGAGAGUAAACCCCAGGCCGUCGCUUCGUCUCAGGCUGAUUCAGCUGCAGACGCCCCCGGACCCUCGGCCGGUCUGGAGCCGCAGAGCGAGGAGGCGUCUGAAGGAUCCUCCAGAAGGAGGUCCAGGAAGAAGCCGGCUGCUCUGGCGCUGAAGGAGAAGGUUGUGAGUGGCGGCGGCGGCGGCGGCAUCGACUUGGAGUCCAGCGGCGAGUUCGCCAGCGUAGAAAAGAUGUUGGCAACAACUGACGCCAACAAGUUCAGCACGUACCUGCAGACUGGAGCUGCUGAACUCGGAGCAAAGACAGAUGGAGACAGAGGGGAGGAGAGCGAGGCAGUGGCGAGGGAGGAGGUGAAGCCGGCGGCAGCGAUGGCGGCGGUGAUGACGGUUCCUCAGGGGAAAGGGAAGAAGAACGCCUACUCCAACUCUGUCCAGAAGAUGACCUGCCCCUUCUGUCCACGAGUUUUCCCCUGGGCCAGCUCACUGCAGAGACACAUGCUGACUCACACAGGUCAGAAGCCGUUUCCGUGUCCGCGCUGCGACGCCUUUUUCUCCACCAAAUCCAACUGUGAGCGCCACCUGCUGAGGAAACAUGGCGUCACUCACAGGACGCUGCGACGCAACGGCGCCAUCGUGAAGAAAGAGGGCGACGAGGGUUCCCACGAGAGCGCCGGAAGCCAGUCGGAGACGGAGCAGGUCGCAUCAGAAGCACAAGACCUCAGCAGCAUCGCCAUGGAGACAGACGCAGACGCAGACUCAGGCCUCGCCCCUGCCGCAGAUAGCCCCGCCCCCGAUGAAGACAAACAGCCAAGCCCCGCCCACAAACCAAGCCAAGGAGACGCAGAGCAAGAGGAGACGGAAACCACCAAACAGCCAGACCAGCAGGGGGCGCCGGAGAGCAGCGCCGCGCCGGGAAAACAGCCUCCACAGAGCAGCAAGGUGGAGAGCACGGACGAUGACGACUGCCACAGCAACAAGAGUCUGGACCUAAACUUCGGCAAGAAGCUCAUCGACUUCAAGCUCUCCACGUCCUCUUCAGGCUCCGCUCAGGAAGAUCAGCUCCCCCAACCCGAACCCUCCUCCUCUCCUUCUCCCUCACCUUCAUCUGCACCUCCUACCUCUGCUCCCCAACCAGCGGCGGAGAGCCCAGAGGAGAAGGACAAAGAGAAGCCAGCCGCCGCCUCCUCCUCCUCCUCCUCAGCCUCCUCUUCAUCAUCCGGCAGCCCUGCGAUGAAGCAGCAGCCGGAGUACAAACACGUCUGUCGAAUCUGUAAGAAGAGCUUCCGAUACGCCACCACGCUGGCUCGCCACGAAAGGGCGCACCUCAUCGAGGAGACGCCGACCCCACCGCCGGCGGAGGAGGAGGCCUCGCCGGUGAAGGAGGAGGCGAUGGAGAACAGACCUGCUGAGGAGGAGAAAGACGAGAAGGAGGCAGAGAUGGAGGCAGAGGAGGGAGGAGCGAAGGCAGGCGACAGUGACGGAGGAGACAGCGGCGACUCGGAGGAGGAGGAGAAGGAGGAGAGGAGCAACGAGGAGGCGUCAGAACCAAAGAGUCUGGAGGGAGGAGACGCGUCAGGAGGACGAGUGGACAAGAGGAAGAAGAUCUGCAAAGUCUGCGGGAAAAGGUUCUGGUCUCUGCAGGACCUGACCAGGCACAUGAGGUCACACACAGGUGAGCGGCCUUAUCGGUGUCAAACCUGCGAGCGGACCUUCACCCUGAAGCACAGCCUGGUCCGCCACCAAAGGAUCCACCUGAAGCCCCGCGGAGCCGACGGAUCCUCCGCCGCCAACGAUGACGCCAGCGAGGACGGAGACUCCUGCACCCCGACCCCGACCUCCACCUGCCCGCCCUCGGAGAACGAGAGCGAGAGCGGCAGCGCCGCGAUCGGGGCGAAGGAGCUGGAGGAGGAGGACGUCAAAGAGGAGGCCGAGGGUCAGCCGGAGGAGGAAGAGGAGGAGGAGGAGGAGGAGGAGGAGGAAAGUGUCACGAACCGAGCAGAGUCCAGUGCAGAUUCAGAUCCACCGACCGCCGCCGCCUCUGAAGACGUAGAGGACAAAUCCGAACUUGACGCCGACUCGCCGACGCAACACGCCUCCGUCGACUCGACUCCCAGCCACCAAGCUACUGACACAAAGACAACUACUAGCGCCGACUCCUCAGCCAGCGACCUGAAAUCGACGCCCGACUCAAACACCUCCAAAGACCCCUCUUCCUCCAGCUCUCCGCCGGGGGAGGCCGCCACCGCUGCCCCCGCAGACGGCCUCAUCCAGGGGCUGCUGGAGAUCCACGCCAAGCCCCCUCUGGAGCACAUCCUGCCCAACGGAGAGCCUCCUCUGGUGGGGGUAGACUGAGGGGAACCUCCCAACCAGCAUCACCGCAGUGCCAUACGACGGAAAGACGCGACACCAUUGAUGAUGAUGAUGCAAAAACCAGCCCGGAAAAUUUUUGAUAGAAAGACCUCGUUUUCUUGAAGUGCCUUACUACUAGUCCUUCUUCUAAAAGAUGUUUUUUGCUAUAUCUUUAUCUGCAUUAUUACGGAGGAUGGAUCUAAUUUUUAUAGCUUUUUAUGAUGACAAUGAUUUACAUUACUAUUUUUUUGUGCGGGGAAUCUAUAUUUCAGCAAUAAAAAGAAUAAAGUUACGAUUAAUUAUUGUUCUAGAUUUUGUUUGAGAAUUGAUGAUCAACUUCGGAGAUGCCGAGAGACAAAGACUGCAAAGGACUGUCUGCGUUUAUUCUUCUGUGUUUGAAUCGCAGCUGGACACACGACAGACGGAACAAUACGAAACUUUCACCAUUUGAACCAGCUUUGGAUUUAAAAGCAAACUAGUCAAGGUGGGGAACUUGACUUUUUUCUGUUUUUUUGGUCUGUCAGCCGCAGCCGCGUAAAACCACCAGCCGUCGUUUUGAUCUUGUUUUUUUGGAUAGAAUCGGAGGCAGCCACAGUGGCUUGUCCAGCCCAGUUUCACCAGCAAGUAACGGCUGCUGCCGGCUGGCGGUUUGACCGAGGAAACUUUUUUGUAACUGGAAAACGCAGAGAGGCCGCCGCCGCCGCCGCCUCGUCGUCCUUUUGGCUCGCACCGAUCCACGUCUCUCGGCCGGUUUCGGCAAACACACAAAAACAUUCACGAACUUGUCUAAGUCGCAUGUCUGUGUGAAGAAGAACUCUUGAAAGGGCAGAAAAUAGUGUUUGUGUUCUCCAUGUUGUUCUCUUUGUUUUUUUGUUAAACCCAUCACACUAUUGAUCCCUUCAUCCCUCAGAAGCCACCCUACGAGUUGUUUUGUGUGUUAAUAAUUUGUCAUUCAUAAUCAUUCUCAGUUGAUUCCAUGUGUGUACAGAGAGUUGAACAUGUGGCACGUGAUGCUAGAGUAUUUUUGUUUUUCUGCAUGUGUGCGAUUAUCAGUGACAUCUAGGUGUAGGGAGGGGAAUUAUCUUUUGUGGAUUUUUUUUUUUUUUUUUAAAUAACUGAACAAAUCAAAAGUUUUUCGUUGCGUAUGUGUGUGACUGCCGCCUGUCUCUCAUCAUCGCCCCCUAGUGUUCUUUUAGGGUUUAUCGCAGGGCCUCCAGCGUGCUAACGUAUGUCGCCGCUAAUAUCUGACCCCGGUUCAGUUUACCUCAACCUCUGCUUUUAACUGCAACCAAUAAAACAACAGACGAGCAGCUCUGUAGACGACCCUUUAAAUCCUACGUCUUCCUGAGCAGGCUAGCAGGGAAAAUGCUUUGCAAGCCUGGUUUCCACUGUGGGCCAAAUCAGACAUAGCCAGGGCUAGCUCAUUAAUGUAGCUUCAAACACAGCUAUCCGAGGCUAACAAGUCAGUUUGGCUUGAAAAAAAAAAAGCCCAAAACACCUAAAGAAGGCUAACUCAGUAGAGUUAAUUACUAACCUUAACCCACACAAGAAAAGAAAAGCUCAUUAGCUUAGUCUAGCUACAGGUUAUAAAGGGGAUAGUACUGGCUAGGUGUAGCUAUUAGCCUGUGUUGGGUCAUUCAUCAUCUCCAGGAUUUUACAUAAGCUAGCAAGGAAUGACUGACUACACCAGACAAGUUAACCAAGCUACAAUUGUGUUAGCUCGGUUAAUUUCUCUGUUACAGUGAGUUAGCUUUAGAUAGCUGCCUGCCUAUUGGGCUCUAUGAUUUCAACAAAAGGGUAGAAACUCAGUGAAGGAUAGUUUGGAAUGGCCAGAUAGCUUUACCUAUCUCUAAUCACGAGCUCGAGUUUUGCUUAGUGGGCUGUUAAAUAUCAACAAAAGGGUAAUAACAAAUGUUAGCUAGUUAUAACUGAUAAGAUCAGAUAUGCUAGCCUAGCUAGAGCUGCAUUAACUUGGUUAAUUUCUCUGGUAUGGUUAGUUAGCACUAGCUAGCCUGAAUCAGUAGCCUGAUCUUUGGUUAAUGGGCCCUAAGAUAUCAACAGAAAGGCAAAAAAAUAUCUUAGCUAAAGAUAACUGACCAACUCAGACAAGCUAGCCUAGCUAGAGUCGCAGUAACUUGAUUCAUCUAAUUAGUAUGGUCAGUUAGCUCGAGCUGUGCUUACUGGUUCCUAACAUAUCACCCAAAAGGUAAAAACACAUUCUAGUUUGGGUUAACUGGCUACACCACGCAGGAUAACACGUCGCUAUCUUGGUUAACAGCAUAUCUGGUUGAAGUAGGCCAGGCUAGUCUCUUUACAGUAUUAUCAGCAUAUCUGGAGUUGGCCCUGGACGGCUUUAGUACCGUUUGUUUCUGUCUUCUCCUUUAUCAAAGUCUUUGAGGACUUCUCCUUCUUUUCUGUUCAGUCUGUCCCGACACCAACAGAACUAUUGAUUCCUGGUCCUCAGUUGUUUUUUGGAAACGAGGUGUUGAUUUAUCGCCACCAAGGUCAUUGGAUACCCGAAGACUCGGUUAUGAAUUUGGCAUUAGACAAUCAAAUGGAAAGCAGACAGAAAUACGUGAAUCCCUCGGCUGUAUCUCAGAGUAAUUUCCAUAAGGAGCUAGAUGACGGGGUGAGAGGGAUGGAUGGACGGAUGAGUGAAUGGAUGGGUAGGUUGGAGCGGGUGUGAGCACAACACUAUUUUGUGUUCCUGAACUGUAUUACCCUGCUGCACACACAAACAAACACAAGUUUAAAGGGCUAACUUCACUCCCAGCACCAACCUAACCAGACAUGUCCACACCAGGAGAGGAUGAUGAGGGGUUAUCCAUCCUGAUACCGUGACCAGAGGGACGGGUAGUGUGUAUGUGUUUGAAUAUAGCUAAUUCUUCUUCUUGUACUUUCUUUUUUUUUUUCUUCUUCUUCUUCUUUUUUUUUUUUUUUUAGAUCAAGCAACCUCAUAAGCAAAUCGAACCUCAGCGGCUCAUAACGGAACUGUAAGGCAGCAUCGUUUAGUCAGUCAACGAGAGAGAAACAUUGAACAACCACAACUGCUCCGACUGGCUGGUUGCUGCCGUGAACUGGCACUAACAACUUCCAAAACUACUACUACUACUUCCACUAUUAGUACUACUACCAUCGCGACACAAUCAAAGAGAGAGAGAGAGUCGCUUUCUUUCAGUUUAAACCUUUAAUUCAGCGGACUCGUCAGAUUAUUGGAAGAUCCCUUUAUAGCAGUAAAUUUAGGCUAAAAUGUUAGUUUCUCAAACACCGUGUGGUCCAAAUGGACCCUUAAGCUUUUCAAAUUCCUCCGUGACUUUAAGGUAUACUUCUCCGUCUUUCAUGGCGGCUAAUGCCUUGUGCAAAACACAACUGGAAAAUCAAACAUUGAAGAUGCUUAUAUUAAAUAUUAUUGUUACCGAAAAUCUGAACCGUUCUGCAGUGGUAGUACCUCGUAAAGCACUUGGUGCUAGAACGUUAGCAGUGAUUAUUUAAAUGUGUAGCUUGCAAGCUAACAGCUAACAUACGAGCCAGCCAGGAGCAUUUGUUGCUUUCAAAUGGAUCCCGUGUGACGUGGAAAGUUUUUCCACCGAAUGCUUUGUGUUUAAAAGGUAAAAUCAGAUGUAAAUCGCGAGAACAUCGCGGCUAGGCAACAGCAACCUGGAUAAAGCCUCUGAGGCUAACCGUUUAGCAAGCUAACAGGCAGGUAACAUAAAUACAGAUGCAAAGGCAUUUCAACAUUUUAUUGCUCUAUACAACUCUAAUUACAACGUGUUAACUUACAAGUCACUAAAAAUGACCUUCCAUGGCCUCCACCGUAUUUUUAAAACAUCUGAAGAAGCAGCACAACUGGGAACGUUUGUAAAAUUUACAAGAAGAGUUGAUAUGGACUGAACACGGUAAACACAACCCUGUUCGUAGGCAGCGACAGUCACAAAAGCUUUAGAAACUAGCUAGCGAGCUAGUUUGCUGCCAUUCGUUAGCUUGUUCAAAAUGGAACAAAAAGUUAACGUUUACUGCUUCUUAGCGGCCUGAAUUAGCAUUAAUUUUCCUUAUUUUGGCGGACAUGCUCAUGUUUGUCAAGAUUUAAUGGAAUUUCUCAAAACUUGUGCGGAUUUACUCAAACUAAUGUGUUGAAAUGGCAUUUUCCGUUGCAGAAGUUUGAUUUUACACUCCAACACAGUGAAUGCAACCCCAUUUGAAGGCAACAGCGGUCACAAAACCGUUCUGAGCUAGCUAGCCAGCUAGUUUGCUGCUGUUCGUCAGCCUGUCCAAAAUGGAAUAGAACGUUAACAAACCCUUGUAAACAUUAUCUUGGUGGUGAAGCUACACAGCGAACUGGUAAUCGUCUUCGUGCAGACGGCUUGCUGCUGCUCCUUAGCGGCCUUGAGUUAGCAUUUUACUUAAUUUAGGCGGGAAAAGCUCUGAAUUUCUCAGAAUCUGUGUGGAUUUGUGCAGAGAUUUUGCGAUUUUACACUCCUGUCGUAAGCAGAAUAACCGGUGACGCUUGAUCAGGCAAACGUUGUUAGCGCCGCAGCUCGUAGUCGCGUUUCACACCGACGCCGCUCAAACGAAACGAGAAUCAAGCUUAAAUUUGGAGCUUGUGAUUCAGCUGUGGCUGUAAAGAAGCGCUCGCCUCUCUCUCCGAACUGUUUUCGGUUUUGUCAGCUCUCUGUUAACCCUCUCCCUCGGGAAUACGUACGUCUGACUGCGUGUUUGUUGCGUGCACGGCCAUAUGAAUACUGGACUUCCAUUCGAAUGCACAUGGACUGUUUUUAAAUGUAUUUAUUUGGAGCCCAGCUGUGUGUGUGUGUGUGUGUGUGUGUGUGUGUGUGUGUGUGUUUAGUUUCUACAAUGACUUGAGAAGAAGCCAUGUAUUAAGAAUAUCACAUUUAUGCUGCAGAACUGUUUUGAGGAACUGAUGGUUUGUGUUGUGGACUAACCGGCUUGCCGUAGGCCGGCGUGCGAAUCGGAUUUAGCAAUAAGAAUCCCUCUGAAUCCAAAAAGCUUUAUGUAGAUCUCCUGUAUAUGAGUUGAACGGACUGUCUGGGUCUAUUGGUUCUGUUGUUGUUUAUUUUUAGUUUGGCUGAGAAUUUUUUUUUUUUUUUUGUCGUGUUUAUUAUUUUUUUUCCUCUAUGACAUAUAAAUGCGUAUAAAACUGUGAAAAUCCAUUGUGUUCAGUUAAAGGGUGAGUUUUAGGUUAGUUUUUUUUUGCAUGUUAAUCUAAUUUGUUCAAUUAUGGAUGAUUUCUCCUUUUCUCCAUCACUUCUCGUGCUACAUAUAUAUAUAUAAAUAUAAAAAUAUAUAUAAUCUCGCUCUCAGGGUCUUUCACAAAUCCAUUAUUCGAAAUAUUUCAUGUUCGUAUUUCCUGAGUUGCAACUUGUCCUGAUUACUUUGUCUUCUUUUUUUUUUUUUUUUUUUUUAAAUAAUGAUUCAGAACUGUCAAUCACUACAUUUAGCACUUGACUGUGAACUCGUCAUCACCUAACAGGUUGGAUUUUUGGUGUUUUAAAGCCGGAAUAUCGUUUUUCUUGGUUCUGUUCCGGUCCUCUUCGCUCCGACGUUCGGUUUGAAGCCUUUUUCGGUUGACGUCAGAGUCCCGGUCGGACACGAAAGAGAACGCCAGACUGAAACACAAGCAUUCAUGCUGAACCUCAAUCAGAAAGCAUUAACUCACAAUCGCCUGGAAGCCGUGGAUGUGGUGGCGUUGUGUCCUGCGUCUGUCCUCCCCCCCUGCUGUUAGCAACACAUGACAGUGUUUCACAAGUCAAGAGAUGUAAACCUGUUCUGUAUUCAACCCAAUAAGAAAAAGCAAUAAAGAUUAUAUUAAGGAAAGGUGUGUGAAUCAAA